AUGCGAUGCGCGAGCAAGGCCGCCGAGAGCGCGUCUGCACGUCUCUGUGCGGACGCCGAAGCAGAAACUACAGCAACUGAUGUCCCAUCGGUUGCUGAAUCGACUCAGCCUGUAUCACCUGGUGAUGCAGGCGCUGGUCAUGAAGACACUCGUGUCUUCACAGAGUACGAGCUCGGUGUCUCGUACUCUCCUGAUACGGAUGACGGAUCCGUAUCGACGGCAAUUGAAUCCAAGCCGCCUGCCAAGCGUGGCAUGGACGAUGCUUUGCGUCGCAGCAUCUUUGGUUCAUCUGAUGAGUCAGAUGAACCAUCGCCGAAGCGAAGGCGCUCGAGGUCGCGAGACUCGGGCGCUAAUAGUGGUGUCGGUUCUCCUAUGGACACCACUUCACAGCGAGGUGCCAGUACUUCUGUCGGCACGUCGCAGGAAGAGCGGGACCGCAAUGUGUUGCGUCUCGCUCCAGAAAAGAAGGCAUGGAUGCCUCCCAAAUCCGUCCUGGAUCACUUGUCGGCGACGACGAGUGAUCGUUAUCGAACACGAUUGUUCGAUUCGUCAGAGAUCCAUCACCUUGACCCCAGCGCGAAAGACUAUCGCGCUGAACAUGAAGUUCUUCAUCGAUGCUUUCUUCAGACAUCGAUGGUACAGUGGGAAUCACAAACGUGA